AUAGUAAUGUUUUGGCGCCAAACAUCCGUAGAUGUUCUCUUGUCAGUGCAUCAUUUAGAUACAUAUAUUAGAAUUGAGCUACAAUCGGCUUGCAAUGCCUCUUGAAUAAAUUAAUUAACGUACACCGGUUUUUAUUGAUCCUGAAUUAUCAAAAUACUGUCUCAUAUUAUUCUCAAGCAAAGUUGACUAUACUUUCAAACCAGUUGUUACUUGAUCUUUAUUGAAUACCUAUUCAAGUGUUUUUUGUUUUUGGUUAUUAAUAAAAAUGUUGAGUGUGACAUCAGCAACGAUACAUCAUCAUACCAUGUGCCCAUCAAAUACUACAACUUCAUCAGGUUCAGGACAAAAUGGAAUACCAUCAUGGAACUGUGUCAAUGUCAUACCCAAGAACUGUCGUGACGAACUUGUUGCGGCAUCAAAAAACAAUGAUUUUACAAAUACCAAUAAUCUUUAUGAUGAAUUAAAAAGUCCAAGUAUAGAAACCUUUAUCGCAGUGAGGAAUGAAGAUAGAAACACAAAUCAGGACAAAACAGAUAUAAUAGAAAUCAAAAAAGAAAAAGCUUUACGUAUAUCUACGAAGCCAUUAAAUAAAAGAUCAUUAUCUGAAAUUGAUGAGAUAUUUGAUGACGAAGAAAUACCUGAUUCUAAUGAUAUAAGUGAAAAAGAAUUUAUUAUUCUAGAUGAAAAUUCAAAUAGUAGUGUUGAUAAAAAGAAAAAGACCGGUCGAACAUCGCAGCCUGUUAAAUUUUUAAAGAUGUCUAUGUCUCCAAAAGAAAAUGAUGAUAAAGUUGAUAGUGAAAAUGUAACUGAAAAAAAAGAAGUCAUUCAAAAUGAUGACUAUGGAGAAAUGAUAGCAGAUGAUACCAUACUAAGUGAAAAAGAAUUUAAUCAACUUCCAAUCUUCAGUCACAGAGCUGAAAAUUGGGAUGAAGAUACUUUUCCAUUAGAUUCACACCCGACUGAUUUUUUUGCUGAUAAUUUAUAUAAUCCUGAAAAUUCAUACAAAUCUUCAUACAGUUCUGAAAUACCGUACUAUAUGAUAGGUUUUCCAAAUCCCCCUGGUGAAAAUCGUUGUUGGCUCAACGCAACUUUGCAUGUUUUAUUCGCUCUGCCACUUGUUGACAAACUGGACAGCAUUUAUAUCAAGAACUGUUCAAAAUUAACAAAGACACUUGUUGCAAUGCAGUUGUUUUGGAAACAAGGAUCAAGUGAAAAGUUGAAAUUUUAUCAAACAAUAACGAAAUUUAAAAAAGAAUUGAAUGUUCUUGAUGCUUCGUACCCAUCUGAACGCCAACAAGAUGUUUCAGAAUUUCUCAUGAUUUUUCUAAAUCAUGUACAAACUGAUUUUGAAAAGAUAAUGACGAAGAAAAGUAAUGAAAACUCUGAAAAUCAUAUAUUUGAAUCAUCUGUAAAUAAUCCAAUAAAACGUGCCCCAUUGGCGGUUUUGUCACCUUUCAAAAGACGUAUUAAUUAUCAAGAAAACGUAGAUAGGUCUAAUGAACAAACAGAUGGGAAAAAUUUGUUGAAAGACGAUGAAAUGUUUUGUACUAACCCAAUUGAUGAGUAUUUUCUACUCAAUAUGAUGGAGCAUUAUAUUUGUCAGGGUUGUUCAAAUCAUCGUCAGCAAAAGAUUGAUAAUUUAAUGCUGUAUGUUGAUCUUCCUGAAAAUGAACUAGAUAGUAUUGAUCUUGCCGAGAGUGUCAAUAAAUCCAUAGAAUCAGAAGAACGCACAUUAACAUGUGGCAAGUGUAGAUCACCAAAACAUAAUGUUCAUGCCUCAUUUAGAGAAUCACCGAAUAUAUUGAUUGUCCAAGUGAAACGUUAUGGCAUGACUAGUGAUGGUUAUGUCGCUAAAAUAAAUACACCAGUUAGAAUCCCACAAUCAUUAAAUUUAGACAUAAAUGGAAGUGUGAAAGUUAAGAAUAUUUUCGAGCCAGUGUGCAUAAUUGCACAUGUUGGUGCUGCGAUGGACUGUGGGCAUUACACAAGCUAUGUUAAACAUGGUAAUCAAUGGUAUCAUUACAAUGAUUUACAUGUCAUGCCAAUGACCAAUAACGAGGCAUUACAAGCUGCUGAAACAACAGCUUAUCUUAUUUUUUUUGUUAACAAGCAGCUCUUAGAACAAUCCACAAAUAAUUCUGACGUCGACGAACAGAUACGGUAGUAUCUUCUCUUAUUCUACUUUUAUAGGUCAAUCAAUCUAUUUGAAAUUCAAAAAUAAUAAUUAAGUAUAUUUUUUAUACAUGAAAACUCAAUUAAUUGAUCAAGUUGAUAUUGAAUAAAAUAAAUUUAUUCUUAUAACUACCAUUAUAGUAUAAUAGAUUGCAUUUUAUAGAAAUUUGUUGUUUAUAAAUUAGAACAGUAUAUUUUAAAAUUUAUUUAGAUUUAAAAUAAAUAAAAAUGGUGUCUUGAGGAAUCUGACCUCGUUUGUUUUUUCAUUUUUGGCUUGAGAGUUUUAUAAGGAGGCUAAACUGUGACAUCACACUGCAUUAACAUAACCCAAUCUGAAUCUUAGAAAUAGCCAAUCGCACAAAUUAAAAAUUCCUAAAUAAUGUUUUUAUAUAGUAGCUUAAAUUUAUAAAUCAUUUUUCUGCCAAAAAACUAAAAUUGAUAAUAUUGUUGAAAUCAAUGAAUAUAACUACAUAAUAUGAAGAGACAUUUUAAAUUGAUACGAUAGUAAUAUAAUAACUACUUUUAAUGCAAGAUUGCUGAAAAAAAACAAUUUUUUUAAUCUGUAGGAAAAAAAAUGAAUACUAUUAUUAUGAAAUAUGACAUAAUAAUGAUUAUAUAUUAUAAUAAAUAAUUUUUUUUACCAAUAUUUAAUGAUGCCACACAUAAACACCCUAUAAAGAAUUGAAUUACUAGAAGAAAUAAUUUCCACAAACAUAAUGGUAAAUCGAAUUUACAAUUUUUUAUACCGUUAUAAAAAAAUUUUGUGUAGUAUUAUGAUAAUUUAAUCUGUCACAUAAUAAAUCAUCAUUGAUUAUAAUAAUUGUUGUCAUUGAAUGGUCAAUCUGUCUAGUACUCUGUUUAAAAUUAUUGGUUUUGUUAAGGAGG